AUGUCAUCGCGCCGCCCUUCCCACGGAGGCGAUGGUGCCUCAGCUGUCAUCAACACAACAGAUGCAAACCUGCCCAUGCGCCAUGCUCGUCCCUUGACUGCUGCUGAGCUGCACCUGGAGCUCGAGAAGGAGCAAGAAGCUGUCGUCAAUCGUCUCACACGCGAACUCUCUGCUCUUCGCGCCCAACAUUCGGCCUCUGUUGCCAGCAAUGCCUCGCACACAAGCUCCAACCAGGCUCCAGACACCGGUCUCUCACACCCGACACCCACACGUCAACAUCGUUCAUCGUCAAAUGCUUCCAAUCGCAGCCUUAGCAAUGCUUCGACCAGCGGCAGCCACGUACACAUGCACCAUCCUCAACCCACGGCCCCGCUAGCUGGUGUCUCCCAAGCCUCAUUCGACCGCGCUUCCCACCACGCUGCUCCUACUACUUCUACAACCAACCCCUCCAUCAGCCGCAACCCUUCUAUCCGCAGCACAUCAGGCCACUCGACGCCAGCCCUGACAUCUGCUUCCGCCGCUUCCCUCCCCCACCGCCCCAGUCUGUCACAAACCGCCAGUGCCAUCUCCACAGCCGGCUCUUUCGCCCUCGGUCCCGUCUCGCCCUACACAUCCUCAUCCAGCACCGCCGAAAUCGCCUCUUCCCGCGCAGAACUCGACCUCGUCAAGCAAGAAAACGAAGCCCUCCGUCAGAAAGUAAAGGCUCUUGAACGCGCCCUCCGCGGUCGUAGAAACAGCAUAACCUCUGAAGCUUCCGUCAACACGAACAAUCCCAACCCUCGCGUUGAAGCAGGCGUCUCGCGUCCCAGUGUCAGUGCGUGGGCUGCAAAUAUGGCUGGUAUGACUGGAAGUGGAGGUACUAGUGUUACUGGACCAAGGGAUAGAAGUGAAAGUCAAAGCACUACCACCUCGUCAAGAAGACCCGAAGGACUUGAAAGAGAGGACUCUAUCAGGGUUGGAGAGAGUGCCGCUAAUGUAGGCUUGGGUUUGAAGUAG